CCUUCUAUGAAAACUGAAAGGUGAAGGUUCCGAGAGUGGGGAGGGAGAAGAAAGCUAUGGCGUUAUCCCGUCCCGUUGCGUCGCCAUCACCGCCUUGACAACCACCCAAACCCAGCUUUAUCAGUCCAGCGUGCAGAGAAACCACAGAGUGUAUUGUCAGCCACCAUGAUAUUCCUGCCUCUGUUGGCUCUGAUCGGGGGAUGUCAGGCUUUCGCCACGCAGCAGGUGCUGCUCGAAGAGUCAACGGUGUUGAAUCGCAAACCGAAUUUCCUCUUCAUCCUCACCGAUGAUCAGGAUCUCCGCAUGAACUCGCCGGCGUAUAUGCCGCUGACGCAGGCGAAGAUUAAGGAAAAGGGAACUGAGUUUCAAAAUCAUUUUGUUACUACGUCGCUUUGCUGUCCGUCCAGAGUGAGUCUUUGGACUGGUAGACAGGCGCAUAAUACCAAUGUCACGGAUGUGAAGCCGCCUUAUGGGGGAUACCCGAAAUUCGUCGCCCAAGGAUUCAACGACAACUUCCUCCCCGUUUGGCUGCAAUCUGUCGGUUAUAAUACCUUCUACACGGGGAAAUUAUUCAACGCGCAUAGUUUGUCGACGUAUAAUGCGCCAUUUGUGAACGGGUUCAAUGGGUCCGACUUCCUGCUCGAUCCGUAUACUUAUUCCUACUGGAACUCGACUUAUCAGCGAAACCAUGAGCCUCCGCACAGCUACGAGGGGGAAUAUACUACGGAUGUGAUGCGGGAAAAGGCCUUGGGGCUGUUGGAUGAUGCGCUGGAUAGCGACGCGCCGUUCUUUUUGACGGUCGCGCCGAUCGCGCCGCAUACGAAUAUCGAUGUGGAGGGAUCGGGGCCGGGCGCGCCGAAGAUGACGGAGCCGUUGCCGGCACCGAGACAUGCGGGUUUGUUUGCGGAUGCGAAGGUGCCGAGAACGGCGAAUUUUAAUCCUCUGAAGGAUUCGGGGGCUGGGUGGGUGGCUACUCUGGAAUUGCAGAAUCAGACGGUUGUUGAGUAUGAGGACCAUCUCUACCGCCAGCGUCUGCGGGCUUUGCAGGCCGUGGAUGAAAUGGUGGAUGCGCUGAUCAUGCGGCUGGAACGGAGCGGUGAGAUUGAUAAUACUUACAUUAUCUACAGUGCGGAUAAUGGGUAUCAUAUUGGUCACCAUCGGUUACCGCCGGGGAAGACGACGGGGUAUGAAGAGGAUAUUCGUGUGCCGUUUUACAUUCGUGGUCCUGGUGUCCCCGAGGGGAAGACUGUUGACCAUGUGACUACGCAUAUUGAUAUUGCGCCUACGUUGUUUGAAUUGGCUGGGGUGCCCUUGCGAGCGGACUUUGACGGGACUCCGAUGCCGGUGUCGGGGAACAAAAAGUCCGAGUCGAUCCUGCAUGAGCAUGUUACGGUGGAAUUCUGGGGGCAUUCGGUGCUGGAGGGAGAGUACGGGUCUAUUGGACCGGGAGGAUCGUUUGCUAUGCCGAAUAACACGUACAAAUCGGCGAGGAUUCUCUCGGAGGAAUACAACCUAUACUACUCGGUUUGGUGUGACGGGGACCACGAGUUAUACGAUCUAUCGACGGAUCCCUACCAAAUGAACAAUCUAUACCCUAGACUAGGCUCUGUGGAGUUGCUAGGCCGGUCUCUCUCCCGCGUGAUCGAUCGCGUUGACGCGCUCCUCCUGGUGUUGAAAUCAUGCCAAGGCAAUACUUGCAUUCAGCCAUGGCGAGUGCUGCAUCCUGAUGGGUCGGUAGAUAGCCUAAGGGAUGCGCUGGAUCUGAAGUACGAUGGAUUCUAUACCAUUCAGCCCAAGGUAUCGUAUUCGGCCUGUGAGAAUGGAUAUAUUAUCGCGGCAGAGGGGCCGCAGGUGGGAUUGCAGUAUCGUGAUGGAUUGAGCUGGGAGGCGUGGACUUGACGAUAUAAUUAGUUCAGUUAUGUAC